CAGCACCUGAACGCAGCAUUAAAGCGACGCUGCCGCCGGACCGUGUCCGCCUCAGGUGACUUGUUGCUCGGGUACUGAACCGCCCGUGGAGUCGCUGUGUUCUCCGGGAACCCGACCGGACCAGGACCCGGACCCGGACCCGCCGCCGCUCGUCCCCGGAGCUUCACCCUGUUCCAGACGUGACGUCGAGACAACUUUCCCGACGCCGCGCAGGAAGCAGCGUUAGCUCCAUGCUACAUGCUAGCGGCGGCUCGUCGGACGCUUGUGUCGAUCUGAUGGAGCGGAAGUGGUGUUACAGUGUGGUCCAAUGACGUCAGUGACGGUGGAGUCGUCGCUCGGUUGAAUAAAAUUCGUUCUCGACAGAGUGAAGGACCACGAUGUUUGAAAAUGUCCCGACAGCGUCGGCGGCCGAGCGGCAGCAGGUUCUGGGAGCUCUGGAGCGUCUUCAGUCCAAACUGGUUCAGAGAGAAGAGUGGACCCACAGCGACUCACUGGGGAACCUGAAGGAGACGCUGCAGAGUCCACUGUUCAACCACAUCCUGACACUGCAGCACUCCAUCAACCUGCUGCGCCACCAGUUGAGCAGUUUGCCUCCUGACGCCUGCAGUGAUUUCAGCUUCUCGAAGAAAGGUCAGUUGAUCAUCGGACCCGGUGACCCCGCCUCCUCCCCCUCCUCCGUCCUGACCAAUGGCUCAUUGGUGGCUCCGCCAAUUCAUCAGACUCCGCCCAUUUCCGACCUCCUCCAGAAGUGGAUCCUCACCGCCGCCAAGGCUCGUCACACGGAGCUGGUGGUUCUGACCCGGCCUCAGUCAGUCGGUCUGGGCUUCAGCGUGGUCGGUCUGAAUCCUGCAGGAAGCAGCAGUCACGGCGUGUUUGUCAAACACGUGCAGCCCGGAGGCGUCGCUCACAGGGACGGGCGUCUUCUGGAGCGGGACCAGAUCCUGGUGAUCAACGGCGUUCCUCUGGAGCCGGGGAUGGACCAGCAGCAGGCGCUGACCCUGCUGCAGCAGCCCGGAGAGAGGGUGGAGCUGGUGGUGGCCCGGGACCACCCCCCGCCCAGCGCUCCAUCGCCCGCCAACACGGGUCACUGGGGUCACGUGGAGGAGAUCGAGCUGGCGAAUGACGGAUCCGGUUUGGGCUUCGGCAUCGUGGGCGGGAAGUCGAGCGGGGUGGUCGUCCGGACGCUCGUCCCGAACAGUGCGGCAGACAAGGACGGACGUCUGCGGACAGGCGACCACAUCCUUCGCAUCGGGGCCACGCCCACCACCGGCCUCACCAGCGACCAGGUGGUCAAGGUCCUGCAGGGGUGUGGGGGUCACGUGACCAUGCUGAUCGCCAGGGAUCCCCAAGGUCAGAGGUCGACAGCUCCUCCGCCCCCGCCGCCUCCAGACUCCGCCCCGGUCGCUGCCUUACCCCCCGAGCUGCCCGUCCAGCGCCCCGACCACGUCCCCCAGCGCCGCGUCAGCAAGACGCCCAACCUGGAGGGAUACGAGAUCCACGAGGUCCCUCUCACCAAGGAGGACGGUCAGAGUCUGGGCAUCUCCAUCAUCGGCUACAAUCACCUGACGAGUCACGAUGCAGUUGGUGUGUUUGUCAAACACGUGGUUCCAGGCAGCGCCGCGGACCAGAGUGGAAACAUCCGGGUCUACGACAGACUGAUCGCUUUGGAUGGCGUCAGUCUUCAGGCUCUGACCAAUCAGGAGGUUCUGGAGGUGAUGAAGCAGACGGGUCAGACCGUGGUUCUGACUGUGGUCAGGAAAAAGCCCAGAGCGCUGGAGAGGUCCCUGGACAAAGUCGAGAGGGAGUCGUCGCAUGUGUCCCUGCGGAGGUCACUGGAGGUGAAGUCUCGCUCCUCUGGGUUGGACUCCAUGACGACGAAGCUGGAGCUGAUGCACCUGAACGCAGCGCAGCUGACGAAGGAGGCAGAACUGAGAGCUAAAUGGGAUCAGGCUCUGGGGCCACGGUACCAAGUCCUGGUGGUGAUGUUGGACCCGGUCAUUGAAGAUGAUGCAGAGCUUCAGAAAUCCUCUAAGCUGCUGCCCGUUCACACACUGCGUCUCGGGGUGGAGCUGGACUCGUUCGACGGGCACCACUACAUCUCCUCCGUGGCCCCCGGGGGCCCGGUGGACCGACACGGAGCACUGAGGCCAGAGGACGAGCUGCUGGAGGUGAACGAUGUUCAGCUCUACGGUAAGACCCGUCGAGAGGUGGUGUCUUUCCUGAAGGAGGUUCCUCCUCCGUUCACUCUGGUCUGCUGCCGACACCCGACCUCCGACCUGGAACCGGAGUCCGAACCCGAGUCACAAGCUGAGCCGACGUCAGGACGCGGACCUGCGGGAGGAUUGGAGCCCAGCUUGGACGAGAUCGAGAUGAAGCUGUCGUCAAUGCUCUGCAGUCAGACGGUCCUAAGAGACGACAGACGAGACGAAGAGCAGCAGGAAGUUACACAGGAGGAGCAGGAGGAUGAGGAGCAGGAUGAAGAGGAUGAGGAUGAAGAGGAGCUGGAUGAAGAUGAGGAUGAAGAUGAAGAGGAGCUGGCCCUGUGGUCUCCACACAUCCAGACGUUGGAGCUGCAGAAGGAGCGAGACAAAGGCCUCGGCUUCAGCAUCCUCGACUACCAGGACCCGUUAGAUCCCGGUCGCUGUGUGAUGGUGAUUCGCUCUCUGGUUGCCGGCGGCUCUGCGGAGCGUGAUGGCGGUCUGCUUCCCGGAGACCAGCUGGUUUCAGUCAACCAGACCCAACUGGACUUUCUCUCCUUGGCCCAGGCUGUGGAGGUCUUGAAAUCUGCCCCACCUGGAACAGUCCACCUGGGGAUCCGAAAACCCCUUGUGGUGGAGGCUCAAGAGACGAGCAGAGAGGACGACGACCUGGAGUCUGUCAGCAACACAAAGGGAUCCGGUGGCGGCUCCGUCGUGCCAGAAAACCUUCGACCAGAGGAGGAGGAGGAGGAGGAGGAGCUGAUCCUGGACGGUGGUCUGCCUCGCUACACCACCUCCUCCCUGACCUCUGACCUCCUGCCCCUGCAGGAGGGCAGGGAGAUGGCUGUGGACGAGGAGGAGGAGGAGAGAGAGGAGGAGAGGAUUGGUUCUCUCCCCAGGAAACCGCCUCCGUCGUGGGAGGAGUGGAAGCUCUCGUCGUCCGGCCGAGUCGGACCAGAGGAAGAGGAGGAAGAGGAGCAGAGGUCGGAGCGCGACAGCAUCGUGUCUGAAGGAAAUCAGAUGUUGGACUCCAGAGACAGUGAAGCAGAUUCUGAGCUCACUCUGACAGACACCGACACAGAGUCUGUCAGGACGAUAGACACGGGCAGGAGGAAGAGGCGGAGCCAGGGAGGAGCCUCUCUACCAAUCAGAGGAGGCCACAGUGAACUUCCUGAGAGAGAGGAGGGGGAGGGAGAGGAAACUCCUGCCUUCAGUCACUGGGGACCCCCCCGAAGGGUGGAGGUGUGGGCGGAGGAGGACCAGUCUCUGGGUCUGAGCAUUGUGGGAGGUCGUCACGUCAUCAAACGCCUGAGGAACGGAGAGGAGUUGAAGGGAAUAUUCAUCAAACAGGUUCUGCCAAAGAGUCCGGCCGCCAAGAGUCGCUGUCUGAAGACCGGAGACAAGAUCCUGGAGGUGUCGGGUGUGGACCUCCGAGCUGCCAGUCACCAGGAGGCGGUCAGUGCCAUUAAAUCAGCCCCGAGUCCGAUCGUCUUCAUCGUCCAGAGUCUGUGUGCGACACCUCGGCCCGUCUCUCUAACAGCUCCCAGCUUCAGUCGACACAAAGAGAAGAGGAGAGAUUCUCUGACACCAGGAGUGACCACGCCCCCUCUGAGACAGCCCCCGCCCUACAGUGCUCCCAGCCAAUCACAGCAUGGCGAGCUCAACCCUGACCUGGAGCAGGCCAAGGAGCGUUGGUGUGAGCGUUACGCCGACCUGCAGGGGGAGCUGCUGAGCGUGGAGCUGGAGAAGGAGCGGCAGGGUCUCGGUCUCAGUCUGGCAGGAAACCGGGAUCGAUCCCUCCUCAGCAUCUUCGUGGUGGGACUCCACCCCGGAGGAGCGGCGGCCCGGGACGGACGCAUCCGAGUUGGAGACGAGCUGCUGGAGAUCAACAACCAGAUUCUUUAUGGGCGGAGUCACCAGAACGCCUCUGCCAUCAUCAAGAGCGCCGCCUCCAAGGUGAAACUCAUCCUGCUCAGAAAUGAAAAUGCUAUAAACCAGAUGGCUGUCCCCCCGUUCCCUCCUCCCCCUCCUGCGCUCACCCCCGAGUGCAUCUCUCCAGGUCCUCCUGGUGGCCCCGCCCCCACAGAUGGACCCCGCCCCCACGACAACCUGAUGCUCCCCCCUUCAUCAUCGUCAUCAACAUCAGCGGAGACGCCGGACAAGACGAGCGACGAGCUCGAACACAACAGCAGGAACAGAAGCAACAUCGGUGCCAUCCAGAGUCUGAGAGAGGACGACGCCUUCAGGAAGAGGCUGAGCGCCGCAGAGUCUCCAGUAAAUGAGCUGCAGGCUCCGAGGGCGUCGCUGGAGAAGCAGUCCUGCAGGUCUUACAGCAGCUCCAGUAAACAGGCAGCAGCUCCUCUGAUCAGCCCCGACCUGCAGGCCGCCAACAACGACCCAUCAUGCUGCGCGGUGGUUCCUGGUCAGGAGACGAUGCUGGAGAUCUGCAAAGGUCGAUCAGGACUGGGACUGAGUAUCGUGGGAGGAAGAGACACACAGCUGGACGCCAUUCUGGUCCACGAGGUGUACGAGGAGGGAGCAGCAGCCAGAGACACUCGUCUGUGGGCGGGAGACCAAAUCCUGGAGGUGAACGGUGUGGAUCUGCGCGGGGCGUCCCACGAGGAGGCGAUCGCCGCCCUGCGUCAGACGCCGGCGAAGGUCCGUCUGACGGUGCUGAGGGACGAGGCUCAGUACCGGGACGAGGAGAACCUGGACCUGUUCGAGGUGGAGCUGCAGAAGAGGAGCGGCCGGGGGCUCGGCCUCAGCAUCGUGGGCAAGAGGAGUGGCAGUGGGGUGUUCAUCUCUGAGGUGGUCAGAGGAGGCGCUGCUGAGCUGGACGGUCGUCUGAUGCAGGGAGAUCAGAUCCUGUCGGUCAACGGAGACGACACGAGACACGCCUCCCAGGAAACUGUGGCCGCCAUACUGAAGUGUGCUCGGGGUCCGGUCCUGUUGGAGCUCGGUCGACUCAAAGCUGCUUCCUGGAUCUCAUCCCGACGCAUCUCACAGAUGAGUCACAUCACGAACAACUCAGGUGUUGUGGCUCCGCCCCUCACUCACCCCCCGACCUCCACCAAGCCCCUCCCCCUCAACAAUAACGUCAAGUCCACCUCUGACAUCACUUCCUCCUCUGACAUCACUUCCUCCUCUGACAUCAACUCCUCCUCUGCUAACUGCACAGGGGAAGAUGCAGGAAUCCGUACAGUGACGAUCACAAGGGGAGCCACUGACUCCCUCGGGGUGAGCAUCGCGGGGGGGAGGGGCAGCCCGCUGGGCGACAUCCCCAUCUUCAUCGCCAUGAUUCAAGCCAACGGAGUCGCCGCCAAGACGCAUCAACUCAAGGUGGGGGACAGAAUCGUCAGUAUUAACAGUCAGUCUCUCGACGGUCUGUCACACGGUGACGUCGUCACCAUGUUGAAGAACAGCUACGGAGACAUCAGCCUGCAGGUGGUAGCAGACACCAACAUCAGCGCCAUCGCAACUCAGGUGGAGAGUUUAUCCAGCGCCUCGAGUGUGUCAGCGAACACCGACACACACACAACAGAACCAGAGGGCCCGCGGCCCCGCAGCAUCAGUCUGGAGAAAGGUUCUGAGGGUCUGGGCUUCAGUAUCGUGGGCGGGUUCGGGAGUCCACACGGGGACCUGCCCAUCUACGUCAAGACCGUCUUCAGCAAGGGGGCGGCGGCGGUGGACGGGCGUCUGAAACGAGGUGAUCAGAUCCUGUCGGUGAACGGAGAGAGUCUUCAGGGAGCGACGCACGAACAGGCCGUCGCUGUCCUGAAGAAACAGAGAGGAACCGUCACACUGGACGUCCUGUCAUAACACACACACACACACACACACACACACUGAUCUCCGCAUGUUGCCAUGAAGCCGGAGUGAGUGGAGACGUGUUGUCAUCUUUAAAAUACAGUAAAUGAUUUUUACAGAUAUUGUGAAAAUCAGUUUUGAUUCUAUAUCUCCAUAGAUCAGAAUAAAAAGAUCAACGUUCACCUUGUUUUUCAGAAUAAACUGUUCUAAGCAUCAGACCAGUCAGUGAAACCUUCAGAAUAAAAGUCUGGUGAACGUCAGUGAACAGACAGAAACUGAUAAACCAUGUUUUAUUUCAUGAUGUUUCACUGGUUAGUUUCUCGACUUUGUUUCUUUUCUGCUUUCAAACGUUAAACUGAUCAGAACUGAUCAUAGAUCUAAACUUGAGCUUUAUUCUUUUCUUGAUUCAUUAUUAAUGUCUAACUUUUCUUUGACGCACUAACGCUGAGACGUGAAGAGACCAGAGCCGCUAGCUGGGAUUUGUCAAAAUGUCCGACUGAUGCUUCAACUCGCCGCCGCGAACAGGAAGUCGUGUGUCGUGUAUGUUGUUGAAGUGUGUGUGACGACACACACACACACACACACACACACACACACGUCAGAUGCAGUGAGAACAGGGACUUUACACAUAUCAGUCAAAUCCAAAACAAUAUUUUAUUUUCGGCUCUUUGUGUCACAAUAUUUUGUUUGUAGACGCCUGAAUAGAUGAAAUGUAAUUUAUUUUUUCAUCUUGCUGUAGAUUAACAAAUUAUUUAGUUGCUGUUUUAUUAUGAUGACAAGUGUCUGAUUCUUAAAUCGCGUCGAGACGCUUCAGCUUCAUAACAUCAGAUUGUGUUUAGAUGAAUGUUUCAUCAGUGCUGAUGAUGAAGAGUCCUUCUUCUUCUUCUUCUUCGUCUCAAGACUUUUCACCAAACGCACAGAAACAGGUUGAAACCAAAUGAUGAAGCACAUUCGUUCAAUAAAAUAUUCAAUUUCUAUCCAGUUUUCUGUCGAAUUAAAAAUCAAACUGAAUGAAA